AUGGCGUCCUUCUCCCCUAUCCAAGAGACAGUCGAAUCAACCAUCCUGGCCCCAAUUGACACCGAUCUCGCUUCACUGAACGAGGUUGCCGCCUCUGAAAACGCCCUCUCUGCCUCGAUCAUGUCUCUCGAUAGUUGCACAACUAGGGUUGAGUCCGAGGUUGAGUCUGGAUAUGUAUCGUCAACCUCCGAUUAUGAGAACUCCAAGACCAAGGCUGUUCCCGCCACCGCUCCCUUCAUGAGCCCCGUCGAGGUCCUUCGCUUCGUCAAGAUCCUCUUCCCCAACGUCUACCAAUCCACCGCCUUUGGCUUGACUGGUCUCGUCACCAUUGACAUGCUGUCCAAGAUUCAAAAGGACUGGCCUGAAUCUCCCAAGGUCGACCUUAUCUUCCUCGAUACUCUCUACCACUUCCAAGAGACGUACGAUCUCGUCAACCGUGUCCAGGAACAAUAUCCCGAGCUGAAGGUCCACGUCUUCAAGCCCUACGGCGCCGAGAGCACCCAAGAGUUUGAAGACAUAUAUGGCGAGAAGCUCUACGACCGUGAGUCCGAGCUGUAUGAUGUGACGGCCAAGGUUGAGCCUCUCCAGCGUGCCUACACCGAGCUUGGCGUCAAGGCCAUCUUGACUGGUCGUCGCCGGUCCCAGGGCGGUGGUCGCCAGAAGAUCCCCGUCAUCGAGCUUGACGAGGAGAACAACAUUAUCAAGAUCAACCCUCUCGUCACCUGGUCCUUCAGCCAAGUCCACCAAUAUAUCAAGGAGAACAACGUCCCAUACAACGCCCUUCUCGAUCAAGGCUACAAGUCCAUUGGCGAUUGGCAUUCCACAAGCCCCGUCGGCGAAGGAGAAGAUGAACGCGCCGGUCGCUGGAAGGGCCAAGCCAAGACCGAGUGCGGCAUCCACAACAAGAAGUCGCGAUACGCUCAGUACCUCGAGGAGAUGGAGAGGAACACGAGUCAGCCCGUCUUGGCGUAA